AUGUCGGAUUUCCGCAGUGAAGCCAAACCUUACCAACGAGACAAGGACCACAACCGCAAAUGGGCAAGAGGUGGAAAAGGCCAAGUCACCCAACCAUGCACUCAGCACGAUGAAAUCAACUCGAACUGCUACAAAUGCAUCGGUCGUCCGAAGGGCCAGCACCUAACCGCUGGCGAGGCAAGAUACAAACAACACCACAAGAACCGCGUCACUUCCCAGACGGCCACCCUCGCCCGCAAGGUCUUUCGAAACGAAGUGGUUGACGCUCUCGACGGUCCUCUUGCCCACGUCUCGGACAAUUCCGAAGAGGAGGAUGUCGUCGAUGCCUCUGCUGCACCACUCCCCCCCGGGGCAGACUUCUUGUACAGCUACGACUCUCGCUCCGGUCCUCGUGCCGGCUCCGACCUUCUCAGCAACGCCGUCGCCCAAGCUGUACGACGGUUCGAAAACAACGAGACAGACAAGCUCGUCAAGAAGGAAUACGACGUUGUCGACGGCAAGGACAUGGCCGAAGUCUCCACCGACGAGGAUGACCUUGACCUUGACUUUGAGCUGAUUGAUCAUACUCACUUGAAUUGA